AAUAUUUGCACCGAAUGCAAUUAGAAACAUAAGUUUUCAUUUUUGAAAAAUGCAGUUUCAUUUUUCCGAGGAAUCAGUGCAAAAAUACCAUUUAACUUUCAUUCAUAACAUUUUCUUCUAUUUUCAAUUGUUUAGGAGAUAAGCCUGUUCUAGUUACGUAAAGCACCCUCUAUAUUAUUAAAUACAUGGUUUAAAGGUCGCCUUUUGUUAAUUAUUUUUAUAAUUUUCUGCCUUCUAUAUAUAUAAUAAAACAUUAUUCGACCGAUUCUUAUAAUUUUCAAGCAUAACAGUCAUAAAUUGUAAAAAGAUUUUUAUUAUACGUGUGAAGGUACAACAAAAGUAUUUGUUUAAUGUAAUAAAUUUUAUAAUCAAAUAUUCGGUUAAAAUUAUAUUUUCAAACAAUGUAGAUUGUUCACACAUCUUUUUGUCUAUGAAAAAAUUUGGUUCAUGGUUUCUCAGACGUAACUAUGUACUUAACGAGCGCGAUUGUUAUGUAUCGCCAAUUGUAAGUGCGUUAUACAGUAUUUUUAAAAGUGAAGUGUUAUUAUUGAAUUGUUGUCAUUAAUCAGUACUUAUGGCAUCACCAGCACCCAAAUCGCCCGAACAAUCUGAAAAAAAUAGAAAAUAUGACAGACAAUUGAGAUUAUGGGGCGAUCAUGGACAAGCAGCAUUAGAAAGUUCCCAUGUUUGUCUCAUAAAUGCUACAGGACUUGGUACAGAAAUUUUGAAAUCCUUAGUCCUUCCAGGUAUUGGAGCAUUUACAAUUGUUGAUGGUAAAAAGAUUACUAAUGAAGACAUUGGUGCAAACUUUUUCCUAGAAGCAGAUAGUGUUGGAAAAUCAAGGGCACAAAUAGCAAUGCAAAUGCUUUUAGAAUUAAAUUCAGACGUUAGAGGUGAUUAUAUAGAUGAAGAACCUGAACAAAUUUUAUAUAAUAGUCCAGAUUUUUUCAACAAUUUUACCGUUGUUGUAGCUACAUCGCUUAAUGAAAAGUCUUUAAUUCUGUUAUCACAAAGACUUUGGGAGCUAAAUAUACCAUUGUUAGUAAGCAGAAGCAUAGGAUUUAUCGCAUAUAUAAGAAUUCAAGUAAAAGACCAUACGAUUAUAGAAACGCAUCCAGAUAAUGAAACACCAGAUUUACGUUUGGAUAAACCUUUUGAAACAUUAAAAAAACAUCUAGAUUCAGUAAAUCUUGAUGAAAUGACUUUCAAAGACCACUCUCAUGUACCAUACUUAGUUAUAUUGUAUAAAUUCUUAGAAAAAUGGAUUCAAGAAAAAGGAGAAUUACCCAAAACAUAUAAGGAAAAACAACAAUUAAAAGAAAUGAUAAAAAGAGGAAUAAGAAGGGAUGAAAAUGAUACAAAAAAUACUGAAGAAAAUUUUGAAGAAGCUAUUAAAGCUGUGAAUACAUGUAUAGGACAUACGAAAAUUCCUGAUAAUGUGAAGAAUGUUUUGAAUGAUGAACAAUGUGUUAACUUAACAGCAAAGAGCAGUUCAUUUUGGAUUAUUGCAAAAGCUGUAAGGGACUUCUGUGAGAAUGAAGGAGAUGGUUUAUUGCCUUUAAAAGGUACCUUACCAGAUAUGACAGCAGAUACUGAAAAAUAUAUAAUGCUUCAACAAAUUUACUAUAAACAAGCAGUGGCUGACGCAGAAGCUGUGUGGCGUCGUACGUUGCAAUUAUUACGACAACUAGGAAAACCAUCUGAUUAUAUUUCCGAAAGAGAUGUAAAAUUAUUUUGUAGACAUGCUUCUGAUAUACAUCUUGAAAGAGGAACGUGUAUUGCCGAUGAAUAUGACUCUAAAAUAUUCGAUGCAAGUAAUAUAGUACAAAGUUUAGAAGAUCCAGAAAGUAUGAUGAUUUACUAUGUUGUUCUUAGAGGAAUUGAAAAAUUUCAAACAGAGUAUAACUCAUAUCCUGGAGAAUUUGAUGAUCAAGUGGAGCCUGAUAUUGUUAAACUCAAAGCAUGUAUAACAAAAUUACUGAUUGAAUGGGGAUGUGGACCGUUAGCAAAAGAUGAUUAUAUACAUGAGUUUUGUCGAUUUGGUGGAUCAGAAUUACAUUCUGUAUCAGCAUUUUUAGGUGGUCUUGUAGCCCAAGAAGUGAUCAAAUUUGUUACAAAUCAAUAUAAACCAGUUCAUAACACUUUUAUAUACGAUGCAGUUACGUCGAAUUCGGGAACAUUUUUUUUUUAAUUCCGAAGCUUUUAACUGAUAACAUACUUUGUAUUUAAUAAAAAAUAUAUAAUUUGUAGUAUACAGAA